AAAAAGAAAUAGAAAGUGGGUCUUUUUGUCUUCAAAACUGGGGUGAUGAAAAAAAUUUAAGUAGCAGAAGAAGAAGAAGAAGAAGGAAAGUUCCUUGAUCACAGCUCUUUACUGACACAUCUCUGAGAUCUCUGGGAGAUUCUUUUUAUCACUCAGAUCACAAACCCCUCUCUCUCUCUCUCUCUCUCUCUCUCUCUCGUCUUGUAACUAUAACCAAUCCCCUACGAUCCAUAUAUCAAAUAUUCGUAGACUGAUUAGGCUUCUCCAUACCAUUGGACCAUCUCCAACAGAUCGAAAGAAGAAGAAGACGAAUUCAAAGUUUUUUUUUUUUUUUUUUUUUUUGUUGGAGUUGAGUUGAGUUGAGUUUAUAAUUGCUUUUGAUUUGAUUUCUGCAACUUGUUCAAGUCUUUCUUCUCUGACCCUUGGUUGACUUCUAGGUUAAACCCCUUUCUGAUCUCUUUUACCGUUUCUUUAAUCGUCCCCUUCGAUCUUCUUUAGUUGAUAUCUUCAAACCGUCAGGGUUAUGAACUGAUUCACUGUUCUGAUUUCAUUGCAAUGUUCCUCUUUAUUUGUAAAAGCAAUGAUCUUUUGAUAUUUUGAUGAAUUGGUCUCCUAAGCUUUCAUACCCUAAGCAUUUCAAGAUUUGGGUUUUACAUUUUAUUAGAAUGUUUCUCCAUCUUCAGGUUGUAGAAGAAGAGUAAAUCCUCUUUUUCAUGUGUUGUUAGCAAGAGUCUAUGGGUUGUUGUAAGGUGCCAGCUCUUAUUCAGGCGCAGGUUGAAAUGGGUUUGGUUAAUGAUGUUGAGCACAAAAGCCUUUUCAGACGAGAUACUGAUUCCCCUCAAAGAAAAGCAUCUUCCUUGAUGGAACAAGGAUCACUUUCUCCAAGUUUUCGCGAACGUGCUACUAAAACACCUAACAACAGUGUGCUCCAGAGCUUCAAGAUUGUUAUUUUGUCUAAUAAGCUCAAUCUUUUGUUGCCUUUUGGUCCUCUAGCUAUACUACUCCAUUACUUGACAGAUAAUAAGGGGUGGAUCUUCUUACUGAGCUUAGUAGGCAUCACACCAUUAGCUGAACGUCUCGGAUAUGCCACAGAGCAAUUGGCUUGUUACACGGGUUCAACUGUUGGAGGCCUCCUAAACGCUACAUUUGGAAACGUGACAGAGCUGAUCAUAUCGAUUUUCGCUCUUAAAACUGGAAUGAUACGCGUUGUUCAGCUGACACUGCUCGGCUCCAUCCUUUCUAACAUGUUGCUUGUACUUGGCUGCGCCUUUUUUUGUGGUGGUCUUGUAUAUUCCCAGAAAGAGCAAGUCUUUGACAAAGGAAACGCCGUUGUGAAUUCAGGAUUGCUUUUGAUGGCUGUCAUGGGGUUACUCUUCCCCACAGUUCUUCAUUACACGCACAGUGAGGUUCAUGCUGGGUCAUCGGAGCUUGCUCUCUCAAGAUUCAGCAGUUGCGUAAUGCUCGUUGCCUAUGCUGCUUACCUCUUUUACCAGUUAAAGAGCCAGCCGAGUUCUUAUACUGCUCUUACGGAGGAAACAAGCGAGAACGAAGAAUCUUCAGAUGAUGAUGAAGAUCCUGAGAUCUCCAAGUGGGAAGCUAUCAUCUGGCUUUCAAUCUUAACGGCUUGGGUCUCUCUUCUUUCCGGUUAUCUUGUUGAUGCCAUAGAGGGUGCUUCGGUAUCAUGGAAGAUACCAAUCUCUUUUAUCAGUGUCAUCUUGCUUCCUAUAGUUGGGAAUGCGGCUGAACAUGCAGGUGCUAUUAUGUUUGCCAUGAAAGACAAGCUGGACCUGUCUUUGGGAGUGGCUAUUGGAUCCUCCAUUCAGAUUUCUAUGUUUGCGGUUCCUUUCUGUGUGGUGAUCGGAUGGAUGAUGGGUGCACAAAUGGACCUAAAUUUCCAGCUAUUUGAGACGGCUACACUGUUUAUAACUGUUAUUGUUGUAGCAUUCUUUCUCCAGGAAGGGACAUCGAAUUACUUCAAAGGGUUGAUGCUUAUACUUUGCUAUUUGAUAGUCGCUGCUAGUUUCUUCGUACACGAAGAUCCUCAUCAAGAUGAUAUAUAAACCAACCAGAAAGAACACAAAUCUAAUAUGUGAAGCAGUUUGUGUCAUAAAAGUAAACCCUGAUGACCUCAGGAACACACCAUCUUACAUGUACAUUUGAGAUUCUAGAGUUUGUUGCAUAACAUAUGAAAAGUAGCCCCAUUUUAAGGUUUUUACCUUCCCUUACAUUGUGUACUUCUCUGAGGGGCUUAGGUUUACAAAUCUGUAAAAUCACCUUGAUAACUACUAUGAUGGGAAGAUUGGAAGGUCUCUUCUUUUCUUAGAACAGGUUAUGGACGAUUUUAUGUUGAA